AUGAAGUCUGUGAUUCUUUCUAGGUGCUUGACCGCCCUUUCGGUCUUCCUGCUCGUACAAAAUGUCCUCGCGAUCGAAGUCAACCCUGAGGAUGAGACUUCCCUUGAAAAUGCUGCCAAGACCGUGGCCGAGGCCAUGAUGAAGUUCUACGAGGACCGCGACUCCAAAAACAUUCCGGGUAAGAUGGAUGAUACAUGGUGGGAGGGUGGUUCGAUGUUUAUGACCCUCAUUCAAUACUGGUACUUGACCGGCGACGACCAGUUCAACGAUGCGAUCCAGGAAGGAAUGUACUGGCAGAAGGGCGAGGACGACUUCUUCCCCAGCAACUACUCCCAAUACCUCGGAAAUGACGACCAAGUGUUCUGGGGAUUGGCUGCAAUCACCGCCGCUGAAUUAAACUUCCCCGAGAGAGAUAACGAGCCCUCAUGGGUUUCCCUCGCCGAGGGUGUUUUCAAUGGACAGAUCCCUCGCUGGGAUAUGUCAAGUUGCAGUGGAGGCUUGCGUUGGCAAAUCUGGCCGUACCAAAAUGGAUAUGGGUUGAAGAACGCCAUCUCGAACGGAGGUUUGUUCCAACUGUCAGCUCGGCUGGCGCUAUACACCAAGAACAGCACCUAUGCCGACUGGGCUGAGAAGAUUUGGGACUGGAGCGCAUCAACGCCGCUCUUGAGAAAGACUUGGGUCAUUGCUGAUACCACUUCCACGGCUGCAAACUGCAAGGACCAUGGCGAUCACCAAUGGACCUAUAACUACGCCACAUAUAUCACCGGAGCGGGCUAUAUGCACAAUUAUACCAACGGCGAGGAAAGCAAAUGGCUGGAAGGUGUGAACGGCUUGAUCAAGACGUCUGAUCAGUUUUUCCCUGAAUCUGGUGGAAAACAAAUCAUCUCCGACAUCACUUGCGAACCAAUCAACAAGUGCGAUCGCAAUCAGAAAACAUUCAGGGCUUACUUCACUUCAUGGCUUGGUUUCAUGUCGUUGAUUGUACCGACCGAAGUCAUGGCGGAUAUGAUGGGGAGAUUCAAAGUCUCCGCUGUCGCCGCCGGCCAGCAAUGCUCUGGGGGCAGCGAUGGAAAGCAUUGUGGAAUUCGUUGGACUAAAAAGACAGAAUGGGAUGGAACUUCGGGACUGGAGCAGCAGAUGUCUGUAUUGGGUGUUUUGAAUGCUGUCAUGGUUCCAUUCAAGGCCAAGGGUCCCUACAAUUCCGACAAUGGCGGCAAGUCUGAAAGUAAUCCUCAUGGUGGUACCAACACCAAGGGGUCAGUGGGACCUGAGCCUAUCACGACAGGUGACAAGGCUGGGGCUGGCGUUUUGACUGCUAUAUUCAUAAUAAUUUGGGGUGGGGCUGUUUCUUGGAUGAUCAAAGGCGCAUGA